CCCCCAAAAGUUGUGAUGCUUUUCUUCACCCAGUGCUUUGGGGCUGUGUUAGAUCUCAUUCACCUCCGCUUUCAGCACUACAAGGCUAAACGGGUUUUCUCCGCCGCUGGGCAACUUGUCUGCGUCGUAAACCCCACGCACAACCUAAAGUAUGUGUCCAGCCGCCGUGCCGUCACUCAGAGUGUGCCAGAGCAAGGCAGCUUCCCCCCUCACCACCUCACCCACCACCACCGCCACCACCGCCCCCACCAUCACCUCCGCCACCACACCCGCCCCCACCACCUCCACCACCAGGAGGCAGGGCUGCACACUGCCCAGGUGACGCCCUGCAUAUGCCCCUUGUUCUCCUGCCAGUGGGAAGGCCACCUGGAGGUGGUGGUGCCCCACCUGCAGCAGAUGCACAGGGUUGACAUCCUGCAGGGAGCUGAGAUAGUCUUCCUGGCCACGGACAUGCACCUCCCAGCGCCAGCCGACUGGAUCAUCAUGCACUCCUGCCUCGGCCACCACUUUCUGCUGGUGCUUAGGAAACAGGAGAGGCACGAGGGCCACCCCCAGUUCUUCGCCACCAUGAUGCUGAUCGGGACCCCCACCCAGGCCGACUGCUUCACCUACCGCCUGGAGCUCAACAGAAACCAUCGGCGUCUCAAAUGGGAGGCUACUCCCCGGUCUGUCCUUGAGUGCGUGGACUCGGUGAUCACCGAUGGGGACUGCCUCGUCCUCAACACCUCGCUGGCCCAGCUCUUCUCCGACAAUGGCAGCCUCGCCAUCGGAAUCGCCAUCACUGCCACAGAGGUCUGCUCUUCAGAAGCUGAGAUGUGA